CUGUGUUCAUCCAGCUCGACACCUUGUUAUCUCAGAUUCUCCAGCAUCUGCAGUUCCCACUAACUCAGAUGCUCAUUGCCUGGCACUCAAUCUGAGCUUGACCGCUGCUUGUCAUCCUCUGAGAUCAGUAUAAUUCAGAUCAGUAGUUUCGUUUCUGCACUGGCGGAGCGAGGAUGCCUUUAAAUUUAAAAAAAGAGUCCGAAACAUUACAGGAACUGAAAUAACAAGCUGAAAGUGAAACAAUCUGCGACAGAGAGCGAGCAGAGUCCAGAGAGAGAGAGAGAGCGAGCAAUUCCAUUUCAGCAGGUCCUGCCGCUCCAGGCUGGAGCCUCUCUGCUCACCCGUCAGUGGAAAUGGCCCAGUACCUGAGUGAUGAUGAGGUUGGAGGAGAGAGGAAGAGCGAGCUUGGCGUUGAGUUAACAUGCGGAGUCUGCAUGGGAAUCUAUCGGGAGCCUGUGCGUCUGCCCUGUGAGCACAGCUUUUGCAAAGUCUGCAUUGACCAGGUCUUUGCAGGUGUGGAGCCAGGGUCAGAUUACCGUUGCCCCAUCUGCAGGCAGUCCUACCAGAACAAGCCAAAGAUAACCAAGCACCUGGCCCUGGUCAGGCUAGCAGAGGCCUACAACAAGAUGAUGAACAAUAAACAGUGUCCUGCGUCCUUGGAGGAGGUGGAGGAUUCACACACAGCUGCUGCAAACAACCUGGGAGGGAGAGCCUGUCGGAUUCACUCUGAGGAAGAGGUGACUCAUCUGUGCUUCAAGGAAUGGGAGCUCCUGUGCCCCUUGUGCAUAUCGAGUAAUCAACACGAGGGUCACACUGCCACACCAUUGGUUCAGGUCACCAAAGACUGGAAGAAAAUGGUGCCAAAUAUUGUCGAGAGUCUGGAGGAAAAUCAUGCAAAGUUGUCUGUACAGGUCAUGCAGUACAUGGAGCUGGAGGAGAAAGCAAAGGAGGAGAUCUCUGAUGCCAAGGAUAGGACUAAAAGUCAGAUUGAUCGCCUGAUCCAGUUCCUGCAGAAUGAGAAGGAGCGGCUGAUGAUUGACAUGCAGCACGUUGGGAAUGACCACCUGGAUUCCAUCCACGGCCUCCAGGCAGAGGCCACCCACAGGCUGGAGCACUGUGAGAACACCAUGCAAUCAGUUCGGGAAGCAUUCAGGCUUCAGGACAACAUCGAGUUUGUCAAAGGUAUGAUGGAUUUUAUGCAGAGGAUGGCAACACUGGUCGUUUCCCCAGACGAUGAGAUUGUUCAACCCAGCCUGAAUUUUGAUGGGAUCCCUUUACCUUCGGUCCUUCAAACAUGGAAAAAUGAGGAUGUGGAGGAGGAGGAGAAGGAGGAGCAGGAGGAGGAGGAGGAGGAGGAUGACGAUGAUGAUGAUGAUGAUGAUGACGACGACGACGACGAUGACAAUGAAGAUGAUUUGUUGGUCAAUGACGCUGAUGAAAAUGAGGAUUUUUGUCAACUGCAAUCUUUACUUAAUCUGGGUUUGCUUUAAAUAGAGAAAGUUGAUUAGAAUUACAAA